CUUCUCACUUCUCCUCAUUACUUCCUCUUUGGUUGUCAGUGAGAGCAGCAAGAAUAUGAGGUCUCUCUGCGUCCUGUGUGUCUUCCUGUCCAUGGUGCAAGGAGAGGAUAUAUUCACCCGUUCAGGCUCCGAUGUUCUCCUCCCCCUGAGAUAUAACCUGAGCACGGAAAAAGACAAGUGUGAUGUGUUUAUCUGGGAAUGGAGCUACAAUGGAUCCUCAUCAUCACCGAUCUCAAGAAGUGUACGCUGCAAGAUGAGAAGAUACAACAUCACCAAAUUCACUAAUGAUAAUACAUCAAAGGACGGACACCUGACCCUAACAGCCGUCACCAAAAACAACAGCGGCAUCUAUACCGUCACCGUACGCAAUGUAGGAGGAAACCUGAUCUUACAAGAAAAUUAUAAUCUCCAAGUACAAGAACCGGUAUCAGAGCUUCUCCUGAAUGUCUCCUGUCUUCCGGACGGUGGAGCUGACAUCGUGUGCAGGACUGAUGUUGGAGAUGAUCCCAAGUUUUCCAUUAUGGUAAAUGGUGGUUUCAGGCUGGAGAACUCUACAUCAUCCAGGACUGUGGGUGAUGCCAAUGAGGUCAAUGUCCCUGCGGUUUCACCUGGACCUUGGAAUAUUACAUGUUCUGUGAGAAACCGGGUCAGCGAAAGUGAGACCAAUAAAAAGGAAGUAAUAUGUCCAGUCCCACCGUCUGACCUGGUCCUGGAGGAUUUGUGUCUCCAAAAUGGCAGCCUCCAGGUCUCUUGCUCCGUGGAGAAUGGAACAGAUCUCCUCUUCUCUCUGUCUGUGAAUAACACAUUAUUGGAAGAAAGCACAAAGGAACAGAAAAGGGUUAUUGUCACAUUGUCAUCUUCCGGACCCUGGCAUGUUAACUGUUCAGCUAGAAACGAUCUCGGGGAGAAGAGUAAGACCAAGUCAUAUCCGGCUUGUCCAGUGCCACCAUCAGACCCAGUACUUGGGAUCUCGUGUUACAAUGGCAGCCUCCAGAUCUCUUGCUCCGUGGAGAAGGGAACGGAUCCCAUCUUCUCUCUGUCUGUGAAUGGAAUAUUAUUGUUGGAAAAUGUCCAAAAUGAGCAGAAAAUGGUUAACUACACGUCAUCAUCAUCUGGACCUUGGAAUGUUUAUUGCUCUGUGAGAAACAAUCUCGGAGAGAAGAAUAAAUCUGUGACAUACCAGACGUGUUCAGUUCCUCUCUCUGCACCCAUUAUUAAUGCCACCUGUCAAAACGAUGGAACGGCAAGAGUCGUCUGUGAGGUAGAAAGAGCGAGCGAUGCCACAUAUGCCUGGAGUGUGAACGGGAAACAUUUUCACCUCCGCCAUGCUCCAAACAUCACUAUAGAUGCCUCAGAAUUUGCAUCUGGUGCCAUAAACGUCAGCUGUUCUGCAGAGAACUCUGUCAGCAAGGAAAACAGUAGUAGCAAGGAAAUCUUCUGUGAUGCUCCAGUAUCAGACCCUGUACUGAAUGCCUCAUGCCUCGGUAAUGGCAGUGCUGCUAUCACCUGCUGGAUUCUUGGUGGGACAAAUCCCAAAUUUAACCUGACUGUGAAUGGAGACGUCAUUCAAUUUCCUAAUAAUUGUACCUCUUGUUCUUGGUUUAACUAUACAAUCUCCUCAAGAGGUCCAUGGAAUAUUUCCUGUUCUGUGGAAAACAAGAUUAGGAAGUCGAUGAGUAAUAUUCCAAGUCAUUCCUGUCCUGUGCACAGUGAAUCUUCCUGUUUGAGUUGCCUGGAGAAGUCAUUAAUCGGAGGCGCUGUGGCCCUGAUUGUGACGACUUCUCCGCUCCUCAUCGCCUAUUUUUACAUCGGACAGAACGCAAAAAAAGAAUGAUGAUGCUUCUUCCUCGCCACGUUCUUGAAUAUGAACGGUGACCAGAAGACAAGAUUGAUUGCUCCAGGCCAGAGCAAGCAUUUGAACAAAGCUCAUGUCCCUCACCAUGUUGUCGUUUGGACAGAACUGUCCUGGUCAGAAGCUUCUGACCACCUGAGGUUGUACAGACCACUCCGACUUGAAGCCAAUGACUCUUCUACAGUGCGGCCUGUUUCUCAGGUCUGGUCAUUCUGCUCAGGGUGAUGUCAGUGGUUAUGACGCUCAAUAAACUUAUUAUACACUUUA